AUGGUUGAGGAGCAGCUAAAUAUCCACGUUAACCCCGAAACUGUAAGAAAAGUUCUCAGAAAGCAUGGUUAUAAUGGUCGUACGUGGUUAACUCGCAUCAUUUAUUGCCCGAGUAACCGACCAAAUGUUAUUUGCUCUGGCCGACCAUUGACCUGCGCGCUUACUGCCUGCUUAGGUGGUGAUGCAACCGCCAUCGCCGCCGCCGCCGCUUCUCUUUUCCUGCCGCUAUUGGCGGCGCAAAGGCAACAAAAAGAAGCACCACAGCAACAGUUAAAACGAAGCACCGACGGUACAGAAUCUCCCAUAUUAGUCGAAUCUGAUGCAGAUGGACACGACAAACCGCGAGUGCGAUAUGGAGAACUGGUUAUACUUGGUUAUAAUGGUUAUUUGCCGCAAGGUGAUCGCGGACGGAGGCGUUCAAAAUUUGUACUAUACAAACGCACAGAGCCGAACGGUGUGAAACGUUCCAAACACUAUAUCGUCCAAUCGCCACAGACAUCGAAAGCUAUAUUGGAUGCCAAUCAACACUCGAUAUCUUACACACUGUCACGCAAUCAAGCUGUCAUUGUCGAAUACAAAGAGGACACGGAAACGGAUAUGUUUCAGGUCGGCCGUUCAUCCGAGUCCCCCAUUGAUUUUGUUGUUAUGGACACAUUGCCCGGCGAUAAGAAAGAUGCUAAGGUCAUGCAAAGUACAAUAUCACGUUUCGCAUGUCGAAUACUGGUGAACCGAUGUGAGGCGUCCAAAGCGCGAAUAUUUGCCGCGGGCUUCGACUCAAGCAGAAAUAUUUUCUUGGGCGAAAAAGCCACUAAGUGGCAGGACAAUGUCGAAAUCGAUGGUCUCACCACAAAUGGUGUACUUAUAAUGCAUCCAAAGGGUCAAUUCUGCGGCGGCAAUGCCAAAUGCGGUCUCUGGCGUGAAUGUUCGGUCGGUGGUGAUGUGUUCAGUCUGCGCGAAUCGAGAUCAGCACAGCAAAAGGGACAGCCGAUUUACGAUGAGUCAAAUGUGCUGCAAGACGGCACACUGAUUGACCUGUGUGGUGCCACGCUGCUUUGGCGCUCAGCCGAGGGUCUCCAGCAUUCGCCGACUAAACGCGAUUUGGAAAAGUUAAUCGAUGAAAUUAAUGCUGGACGCCCGCAAUGUCCGGUUGGCUUGAACACCUUAGUAAUACCUAGAAAAGUGAAUAUUGGUGAUCAAGUGAAUCAGCCUUAUGUGUACUUAAAUUGCGGACAUGUUCAGGGUCAUCAUGAUUGGGGUCAAGAUAAGAGUACUGGUGCUCGUCGCUGUCCCAUGUGCCUCGAAGUUGGUCCGGUGGUUACGCUUUGUAUGGGUUUGGAACCGGCCUUUUACGUCGAUGUCGGUGCACCCACGUUUGCUUUUAAUCCAUGUGGUCACAUGGCGACUGAGAAGACAGUCAAGUACUGGGCCAAUGUUGACAUACCACAUGGCACGAAUGGCUUUCAAGCAGUUUGUCCCUUCUGUGCGACGCCACUGGAUGGUUCAUCUGGCUAUAUUAAGUUGAUUUUCCAAGAUAAUUUAGAUUAAAUUAGCAUAAAAUAGUUUAUAUUUUAAUUAACUAUACAAACAGAAUUUGAAACAUAUUUUGAAUGCAUACAGGUCGAGAUGUUAUGGGUUAUCAUCCGUGCGACUUGCAUAACUAAGUAAUUACAAAGCGCAUUUUAUUGGGAAAGAGCAUUUGAAAUGAAAUGAUUUUCAAUGAAGUUUCGAAAAUUAAUGCUUUUAUUGUAUAAUCAAACUUUUUGAGUUGAUAUUUGUAUUUUUGUUUUAUUCACAAAUGCAUUGGCAUAAUUAUAAUUUAUUUGCCAUUCGAGCAGAAUAUUUACAAAUUAUUUUAAAUAUAAACUGAAUAAAUUUAUAUACCUAUACAUGCAUAAACAUACAUGGAAAUUAAGAGAUACAAAGAAGUAUUACGACAACAACAAAAAUUGUAACAGUUUACAUGAAGGAGGCGAGGCGCAUGUAACUUGUGAGCGUAGCGAAAAGAUUAAAAAAAAGCAAAAAAGCAAAAUAAAAGUAAAAUUAAAAAUAUAUAAAAAUAAAAAAAUAAAAAAAAUAACAAAUAUAAUGAAUGCAAAUAAAAAUGUAGUACUGCAAAGAAAGCUAAAAAUAAUGCAUUGUAAUGAAUUGUAAAGGAAUGUAAAAAUUAUAAGUAUCGUAAAACUAAUAAGAAUAAUAAUAAAGCAGAACUUGGAUGCGAGAAUACCAUAUACACACAUACAUACAUAUAUUGUACCAUUUAAGACGAUCACAAACACACAAAAGCGAAUGGGCCACGAGCAUGCAUACACACGUACAUACACAAAAACAUUUAAGAAUUUAGAGCUUAAUGAGAAAUAAAAGAUAAAAAAAAAAACAACAAA